AUGGCAGCCUUCCGCCCCAAGCUCUCCCGCGCGCCGAGCAUCUGGGCGGACACGGACGAGAACGUCGCCGGCCGGCUCAAGGAUUACGCCGAGGCCGCGGGCCUCGACAUCGCCGGCGGCACCGUGCGCCGGACGUCGAGCCGCUUCUGCCUCGGCGUCGAGCACGGCGACUACAACGGCACGGCGCUCUUCGGCGUGGGCACGGACCGCUACAUCUGGGUCGCCUACAAGCCGAACGCGAGCGGCCGCUGCCGCCUCUACAGCGCCAACUUCGAGGCCGCGGGCGUCGUCGACUUCGCGUCCGGCGAGCAGCCGAAGCCGCCGCUCUCCCCCGACGCCGCGGCGUCGUGGGCGCGGUUCCCCCACGGCGUCGACGCCGUGCUCCGCGGCGCGGGGCUGUUUGCAACGUCCAAGGGCUUCGACGCCGUCGUCUGGGGCAACAUCCCCGGCGGCGGCAUGUCGCGGUCCGCGAGCCUCUGCCUCAACCUCAUCGGCGUCUUCCUCGACGUCAACGGGGCCAAACCGCGGGAGACGGGCGGCCUCGCGGCGGCCGUCACGCUGGCCGUCGCCGUCGAGAACGACUACGUCGGCAGCCCCUGCGGCAACCUCGACCAGAUCAUGAUCCACUACGCCAAGGCCGGCUUCGGAACGUACUACGACCCCGCGACCGACGCGAUCGACUACGUGCCCCUCGGCGAGGACCACGAGGACUACGCCAUCGUCGCGCUGGACACGGGCACGGACCGGCCGGGCCUCGACAAGUCGACCUACAAGGUGCGGCGCGCGCAGUGCGACGGCUUCGCGAAGGAGCUCUUCACCUCCAACUUUAUCGCGACGCCGAAGCUCGGCGCCGUCAAGGACGACGCCGUCUACGACCAGGUGCGCGCGGCCUACGCGUCCGGCGCCUUCCAGCAGCACUUCAAAUGCUUCGACUACAUCUACCGGGCGCAGCGGCGCUUCGACGCGAUGAUGGACGCGUGGCGGCGGGGCGACGUCGCGACCGUCGGCGCCCUGUUCCGCGAGGACGGCCUGGGCCUCCGCGACGACUACGCCAUCUCGGGGCCCGAGCUCGAGACCAUGUGCGACAUCGCGCGCACCGUCGACGGCGUCUACGGCGAGCGCAUGCUCGGCGGCGGCGACAAGGGCGCCGCGGGCGCGAUCGUCGCGGCGGCGGCCGUCGACGCGCUCGUCUCCGCGGUGCGCCGCGCCUACCCCAAGGCCCACCCGGCCUACAAGGACAAGUUCGCCACGCACGUCGUCCACCCCUGCGACGGCGUCGCCGUCCUCCCCGGGCUGCUCUAG